AUGCUGCUGCAGGCCUCUGCGUCCCCGAGGGAAGGACCUUCCCCCGCUCGCCCUGUCCUGCCCGGGACCGAACUCCGCAGCGUCUCCCCAGGGGACACUACCAGGCCAUGGCCCCCAGCCGCGCUCCCGCCCGCCCGCGCACCCCGCGACAGGUGGUGCGGGCGCCGCCGCCACUCGCCUGGAAAUGCGAGCUACCUGGACAGUCUCCUGCCUGUUUCUGAGACGUCCCCGUCAGCUUCUGGAGACCAGAGCCAUGCCUUCAGGGCUCGCCACUGUUGGGACGUUGUUUUCCAGGACUCACAAAAAUCCUCACUCCUCAGCCAUGGGCUAAAGAUGCCAUCAGGCAGAAAGGUGAAGGCGGCGCCGCCACCAUUGUCACAGACAUGGAAGCGCGACCGAGAGCAAUCUCUGGUGGCAGACUUUGUACCGGUAGUGGUGGAUCCUCGGGGACAGAACCCGGAUAAUGUCAGGUUCAACUUCUACACCUCCCAGUACUCGAAUUCUCUGAACCCCUUCUACACCUUGCAGAAGCCCACCUGUGGCUACCUGUACCGCAGGGAGACCGACCACACCCGCAAACGCUUUGACGUUCCUCCUGCAAACCUGAUCUUGUGGCGCACCUAGGUCCUUGGCAUCUGGAAGUCCCCACCCUGCACCUUCACCCCUGUAGUCAU